AAGAGUACGCACGUCUUUUUGGUUUUUUUAUUCCUGCAGACGAUUCGGAGCCAUCAAGUAGCAAAAGAUUACAAAAAGAUUCAAGUCCAUCGGUUCUGGGGUAUCUAAAGCAACAUCAUUCAUACCAAACCUUCAACAGUAAGGAUUUACUUCUUCUGUUGAAUUGUAACACCUGAAACGGCCAAAGUAGAAGCUGAAAAACAGCUGAAAGAUAUUCUCGACGUUAAAAAUUUAAAAGAUGAGGUCAAGGUGUUUGUCUCACGUUUGUUGCAUGAUGGACUAAAAUGCUUAAAAGACUCCAGCGCUGAAUUGUAUUGGAUGGAAAAGGAUAGUAUGUGUGCUACCAUUCUCAUUUCACACAAACAGCUACAGCUGUAUCAUACAGUUUCUUCAGAUUCGAUGGAUAAUACAUUGUCUAGUCUACAACGCCCCGAUCAAUCUGCUAUCUCCACAAAUACGCCUUCUUCGCCCGCAUCCUUCGCAGAAACAGAGCCUACAAGUGAAAAUGUCUGGUCCAUCUGGAGUGAUACUUUACACACCAUGCUGACGGAAGAUAACAACGAUGAAGAUGUACAUGAAUACAGUUUGGAGUAUUUGGGUAUCAUAAUUCUAGGUCAUCAUGUUGGAAAUAAGCAAAGCAGAAAGUUUUAUCCGAAAGAGCUUCAACUAAAGACAAAUGAAUUGAUACAAACACCCAUUGAUGAUGUGAUUCAAAAGUUUCAUUUUAUCCAUCAUCGUUUGAAUCUUUGCUCAAAAUUAGAAUUAUGUCUACGGGAAACAACCUGCCCGUUUGGUUUAGUUGAUGUCCCGCGAGAGACCAAUGAUCAGGUGAAAGCGACUUACGGAUUGUUAGCAAUGCUCCAUACAAUUGCCUAUAAGUGCAUUCAUGCUGACAUCGAAGUCUUUAAAAAAGCUCAAGUCUUUUUCAUUCAUGCUGCACAGACUCGCUUAAGACUUUGGUCCUUCGGUUUGGUUGAUAAGGAGCUAUUAUUACAUCAUGAUCCAAUAAGGCGCUUAAUAUUCUCCUUAGAACUAUCCCAGUUCUUCUAA